ACUGCUUCAAAUAGAGUGCUCAGGGAAUGACAGAAAUAUUUCAGAUAUAAUCGCGGAUUUAUUAGUUACGCGCGACGCGACUAUAUUAAUACAUUAAAAACAAUUGUAGUUUAGAACAUUUUUAGUCAGACAUCAUUACAAAUUGUAUUAGAAACGGAUAUAUAAUCAUGUCACAUAUAAAUCAGGAUGAAAAAUAUGUUCAACUUGCCCACAAACUAUUAAAGGUGCCUGCAAUGUCUACUAGUAAAUUAAUACUUCGGCAUUUAGAUCAUUCCAGAGAAGUUCCUACAGAAAUGAUACAGGAACUUGGUACAACAGAUGUAGCAAUUGGGGACGUUACAGCUGAAGUUAUGAUAACAACAUUAGGAAAAAUACCAAAUGAAAUGUAUUACAUUGAAGAUACAACCCCUAUCAAAAAAUUGGCUGUAUUUGGUAACAACCACCAAGGUACAUCAGAAUAUGAACAUGCUGUCAUAUCAUCUACAGAAAUAACCAAGAGUGGCCAUGAACAUGGUUAUUCGCCGCUCUUAGUUUCUUUACUAUGCGCUCUUGUGGUUAUAUUAUUUAUGUGCUGUGUUACAGCAUGCAUAAUAGCCAAGUCAAAAAGGAAAAUUAAUUUUUUUAAUAAAGAAUGUGAACCAGGAUGCACAGGUAUGAGUCAACCGCUGUUGGACAAAAUCUCAGAGUGCUCAAACAAACCAAGCAUUAGCACACUGAGAAAUUGAGUGGAAUAAAUUGGCACAAACUUAUUAACCGUGCCAGCAUUCUAUAGUACAAGGUAUUGGUCGAACAAUAGGACUACACAAAUCAAUGAUUAUGUAAAUGGAAUAUAUUAAAUACGCAUUAACGUGAAACAGCACAUUAGAAAUUGCAGUAAUCUUCACAUUUCAAUUAUAAUAAUGCCUGAAGAGGAGUUUUUCACGGGACGCACGAAUCCCAAAACAGCUUUCAAACGAACGAAACGUAAAAUGAACAAAACGAAUCAAAGAAUAGCCCUGCAAAGUCACAUGUAACAGAAUAAAAUUCGAAAUGUGACAUAACCUAAAA